AAUUCACUUUAAAAUUCAUAUUCAGGUUUAGUUUGGUAUGGGAUGUCUUGUCUCGACAUCUGGUGGAAGGCAGGCGAGUUGCUAACCGGCAGUUUUGGCAGACGGUCAUUCUGCGGAACAUUCUGCGGGAAGCACACAUCAUAUUGUUUUUAUUUCGUUCACACAGUCACACUCAGUCACACACUCCAUGUCAGUCACUUAUUUUGUUCCCAAAUCAGCAGUGUUCUGAAUCAAUUAAUAAGUAAACAAAAUGGCUACCUUUAAUGAACUACAACAAGUGUAUUUAGAAUACACUCAUAAUCUUCUACCUGGCACUAUCGGACUGAGUUUUCCUGACUUCUGUACUGGAUACAAUGUUUUCACAGACAUUUGGAAUGACACUAUUCCUAAUUCACCCGAUGUUCACGUCGAUGAAGAACAACAUGUUCAACUGGAGUUUACGGAUCAUGAUAAUCACGUCGAGGAAGAACAAAAUCUUCAACUGGGGAAUAUGGCUAACGUGACUCCUCAUUCUCAUCAAACAAUUAGAGGCCCUAACGUGUUGGUUACGCGUGAUGUGGAGGACGUUGCCAUUCCGGUUGUGCAAGUAACGAUGGAUGGGAUAUCGCCUGAAAAUCGUCGAAAAAGCUGUCUAUUGGCAGCAGAAAAUAGAUUGCGACAGUCUGGCCCUCCAUUACCUACAUUGUGGGAGGAAAUCACGGCGUCGAUGGAUGUGGUUUCAAGUGCAACUGCUGCUCCUUUAGCAAUCGAGAAAUUGAAAUGCCAUCGAGAGACUGUACUAGAAAAUGGCAAGAAUAUGGUGGUUAUCAGACGAGGGCAAUAUCUGGUCCAUGAUUUUAUUGCUAAAAUGAGAACGUCUGAAUUUAACUUACACCGGAACAAGUUAAUUGAUGUCACCUUCUUGAUGCAAAAUGAAAACGGAACACAAACCCAGGAAUUAGGAGUCGGAGUAGGACCCUUAAAAGACCUAAUGUCUACUUUGGUAGAACAAUUUGUACUCAACAGAUUGUCAACUUUGUUCAAUGAUGGCACCGUCGAACCAUCUCUCUACCAUUUCACUCGAGAAGAGUGUAAUAUGGAAAUGUAUCUUGCCGGCCAAGUUUCCGGGCUUGCAAUGGUACAAACUUUCCUAUGUCCCUGGUGGACACUACCAUUCUUUAAUCGACUGAUGGACAUUCAAAAACCAGAUUCCACUUUACACCCGUUUCUGGCUGGUUUGGACUCACAGUAUAAAGUAUCUAAGAUUUUAUCAGAUCCAGAAUGUGCGACAUUGUUCAACAGGCACCCUUUAACACCGGAGCACAUAAUGGCAAUAUUGAAUUGGUCCGAAAUGAAAUUAAAGAAAAAUACAACUCUGAAACGGGCAGAAUCAGAAUGCCAGAGUUGGUUCGCUGACUGGCUUCAAAAGCUGCUACCAGAUGAUUUGUCAGAAGUUCUCCUAUUCCUGACCGGAUCAAAAAUAAUUCCGGCCAAUUGGAAUGACCAUCAAAUAAAAGUGAUUUUUCUGCAUCUAGAGGAGAAUGAAAAAAGGCGACCAACGAUUAGGACCUGCCCUGCUUUUGCAGAGCUCAAGUUCCCUGUUUUUGUUACAAGUGAGGAAAUCGAAGAGGUUUGGAUUGAUGCUGUGAAACAAGUCAAGUUUGGGUUUACCUUUGCCUAAGCUCACAUUUCUCUGUGAUUCAAAACAGUUUGCGUUUUUAAAGUGUUUCCUUUUAAAAGUGAUUUGAAUCAUCUUCUCUUGAACUCAGUGCUUUAUUC